CCGCGGGUGGGGGCGUCUGCAAGCGGGCUCGCCGCGCCAUGAGCAGCGAGUUCUUUGCCACAGUUUCAGACGCAAGCGAUCUCUCCUGUGCACGCUCGAGGAGAACCCAAUGGACGCCCGCAUGGCGCAAGUGCACGAGACUCCCCGAACGAUAACAAACUCCAUAUGGCGGAUCAGAGGAGCAGCCGACCCCAUAUAUAGUCCCCGGGUCCUUCGCGCGGCUGUCCUUCUACCAUCAUCGCUCCCUCGCGCAUCGAGUCCAGCGAUUUUGCAGCGAUGGCCGCCGUCAGGGACGAUACAUUCGUGCCCACUCUGCCUGAGCAGUAUGCGGACGAGAAGCGCUCGUCGGCGAGCGACAUUGAGCGCGCCGCCGUCGAGCCUGCCAAGGUCGAGACGUUCGACGACCAGGAUGUUACACGGCCCUUCCCCAUCAUGCCUGACGUUCCUGAGGAGACGCAUCAGUUGACCUUCCGCGCUGUCUUCGUUGGCUGCUGCCUCGGCGCUGUCGUCGGCGCGUCCAACCUCUACCUCGGUCUCAAGACAGGCUUCACCUUCGGCCCCCAGCUCUUCGGCUCUAUCUUCGGUUUCGCCAUCCUCAAGCCACUAUCUAUGGCGUUCCCAGAGUCGGGAAUCCUUGGCAAGAUCUUUGGCGGUCCCUUUGGUCCCAAGGAAAACUGCACGGUCCAGAGCGCUGCCACCGCCUCCGGUGGCCUCGGAAUCAUUAUGGUCAGCGCGAUCCCGGCCAUGUACCGCCUGAACCUCAUGUCGGACAACCCCUCGGACGACUUCGGCAAACUCAUCGCGUUGACGACGUCCUGCGCCUUCUUUGGUGUCUUCUUCGUUAUUCCGCUGCGCCGUUACUACAUCGUGCAGGAGAAGCUGACUUUCCCGACGCCGGCCGCCACUGCGUACACCAUCCGCUCUCUGCACAAUGGUCCGGCAGGGGCCCUUGUAGCGAAGAAGAAGUCCAAGGCGCUGAUCUACACCUUGUGCAUUUGCUUUGUGUACAAGGUCGUCACAACCUACGCCCCUGGCGUUAUCUUCGACUGGCACAUUGGCUGGACGCUCUACCGCAUUGGAUUCACCAGCAUCAUCGCUCUUGAGAACUAUGGCUGGUGGAUUGAGUUCACGCCCGCCUUCUUUGGCGCUGGUCAACUGAGCGGUAUUAAUGCAUCUUAUAGUUUCCUUGGUGGCAUGAUCCUUGCUUGGGGUGUCAUCGCGCCCGGGCUCAUCGCCACUGGGCGCGCUGUUGGUACGCCGACGUCUGAGGAAUUUCCGCUCGUCUCCUACCAGGCCAUGUCCUUCGAAAAGGCUGAGGCCUAUGCAAAGUCCCCCUCCCCUCGCUACUGGCUCCUCUGGCCUGGUGUUCUGAUCAUGAUGGUAUACUCCUUUGUCGAGUUAUUCUUCUCCCUCGGUCCUCUCUUCAUUCGCGCGUGGAAUGGUCGCAAGAGCUUCCGCUUUGCUCCGCGCGAGUGGAUCCAGGACAGCAAGGAGCUUGACCCCAACGACGAGGAUCAAACGCCGAUGGAAGAUCGCGUGCCCUUCCUCUGGUGGAGCGUCGGCCUCGCGCUCAGCACGAUCAUGUCCUGCGCCAUCCUCGCCACCCUCUUCCCCCUCAAUGUUGGCGACGCCAUCCUCUCCCUUGUCCUCGGCUUCGUGUUCUCCUUCAUGGCCGUCCAGUGCGCCGGCCUCACCGACGUCAACCCCGUCUCGACCGUCGCCAAGGCCUCCCAGCUCGUCUUCGGAGGCGUCGGCAAGGGCUACGGCCUCGCCACCGACCCCAGCCGACUCUUCAACCUGACCGCGGGCACGAUCGCCGCGGGCGCGGCCGCGCAGUCCUGCGACAUGACCGGCGACCUGAAGACGGGCUACCUCCUGCGCGCGAAGCCGCGCAACCAGUUCAUCGCGCAGCUCUGCGGCUCCGUCGUCGCUGUUUUCCUCACCGUCGGCCUCUUCGUGCUCUUCACGAAGGCGAGCCCGUGCAUUCUGCACCCGCCCGAGGACGGGACGUGCACGUACGCGGCGCCUAGUGUUUCGGCGUGGGCCGCUGUCGCUUUCGCCGUGUCCAGCCCUGUGCUCCCGAUCCCGUCGAGCAGUGGGUACACGGCGAUUGCGUUCGCGAUCUUCAGCGCGCUGCAGGUGGCGGUCAAGCAUCUCUGGAUCCCGCGCCGCUACUGGCAGUGGCUCCCGAACUGGAACGCGAUCGGCCUCGCGUUCGUCGUGCCGCAGGCGUACUACGGGAUUGCCAUGUUCGCGGGCGCGACGUUCAACUGGAUCUGGAAGCGCCGGAAUCCAGAGAGCUUCGAUAUGUACAUGUUCGCCGUCUCCGCGGGCUUGCUGGCCGGCGAGGGUCUCGGUGGUGUGUUCAACGCUUUGCUGGCUGUCAUCGGCGUCAGCGGCAGUGAUGGUUAUGGCACCGCUAUCGGCUGCCCUGGCUUUGAGUACUGUGGAUAGAUGGAGACGUAUGGGGGGUAUGGGGAUGGUGUCUAUUGUACCAUAAUGCUCACUCACGGCGGAUUUCCUGUAAUCGGGUGUAUUGACGAGUAUCUAUUGAUCUGAAUGCUGCGCGAAAUUCCGUCUCUUGACCAGU